AUGUCUCAAACUCCGGCAACUCCAGUGACUCGUGAUGAAAUAGAGGUCACAUUUGCGGCAAUGUGCACCGAACAAAAGCCAAAUUUGCUCAAGCUUUCACAAUUGAAAAUGGUGCUCCGUGCUCUUGGAUAUGAUCCAAGAAACUCAAAAGUACAAGAGAUGACUAGGAAAAUCAAAGAUGGAAGAAGCAUGGUAAUGGGAUGGCAUGGAGAGAAGGAUUACAUGGACGUUGACGAACUGUGGAAUGCAUUACAAUCAAAAGACGAUGAAGGAGACUCAACAGAAGAUAAAGUUACAACGGAAAUGAGAUCUGCAUUCAAAUUAUUUGAUCCAGAAAGUAAAGGAACGAUUACUGUCGCCAAUUUAAAAAUGGUCGCCAAGGAACUCGGAGAAACGUUGGCAGAUGCAGAUUUCGAUGAAAUGAUUCGCGAAGCUGGUGGUGAUAAUAACACUGGAAUCAAUGAGCAACAGUUUUUUGAAAUCAUGAAGAAGACUUGCUUGUACUAAGAUCCUCAAGAAUAACCUCAUAUCACCAUGAUCUCUAAUUAUAAUCCCGCUUUAAAUAUCUUCUAAUUAUUUUCCCGAAUCUGAAUCUCAAAUUGUACAGUUUAAAGCUCGAUGAAAUAAAAUGUAAUACAAUUC